AACCCGGAAGUGGAGGAGGAGGCGCGGCGGCGGUGGCCGAACGGGCAGGCGCUGGCGGAGCCCAACUGGGGAGCGUGUCUGGGUUGGGGGCGGGGGGCGGGGCUGAGCGGCCUGGGCAGCCAGGCCCGGACGGGGCGGGGGAGGCCAUGGCCUCCGCAGAGUUGCAGGGGAAGUACCAGAAGCUGGCUCAGGAGUACUCGAAGCUUCGGGCUCAGAAUCAGGUCCUGAAAAAAGGUGUUGUGGAUGAACAAGCGAAUUCUGCUGCUUUAAAGGAACAACUGAAAAUGAAGGAUCAGUCAUUGAGAAAACUGCAGCAAGAAAUGGACAGUUUGACAUUUCGAAAUCUGCAGCUUGCCAAGAGGGUAGAACUACUUCAAGAUGAAUUGGCUGUAAGUGAACCCCGAGGCAAGAAAAACAAGAAAAGUGGAGAAUCUUCUUCUCAGUUGAGUCAAGAGCAGAAGAGCGUCUUUGAUGAAGAUCUACAAAAGAAGAUAGAAGAGAAUGAACGGUUACAUAUACAAUUUUUUGAAGCUGAUGAGCAGCACAAGCAUGUGGAAGCAGAGCUGAGGAGUCGACUGGCCACCCUGGAGAUGGAGGCGGCCCAGCACCAAGCUGUGGUUGAUGGCCUGACGCGGAAGUACAUGGAAACGAUCGAGAAACUGCAGAAUGACAAGGCCAAACUAGAAGUAAAAUCUCAGACUCUAGAAAAGGAGGCCAAGGAAUGUCGGCUUCGAACAGAAGAAUGUCAAUUACAGUUAAAGAACCUUCAUGAAGAUUUGUCAGGUAGAUUAGAGGAGUCCUUAUCAAUCAUCAGUGAAAAAGUACCUUUUAAUGAUACAAAAUAUAGUCAGUAUAACGCUCUGAACGUUCCACUCCACAAUAGGAGACAUCAGCUGAAGAUGCGGGACAUUGCUGGGCAGGCCCUGGCUUUUGUUCAAGAUCUUGUGACGGCUCUACUGAACUUUCACACCUAUACAGAACAGAGGAUUCAGAUUUUUCCUAUUGAUUCUGCCAUUGACACUAUAUCUCCGUUGAAUCAGAAGUUCUCACAGUACCUUCAUGAAAAUGCAUCCUACGUCCGCCCUCUUGAGGAAGGAAUGCUUCAUUUAUUUGAAAGUAUUACUGAGGAUACUGUGACUGUCCUGGAGACUACUGUGAAAUUGAAAACUUUUUCAGAGCACUUAACCUCUUACAUAUGUUUUCUUAGGAAGAUUCUUCCUUAUCAGUUAAAAAGUUUAGAAGAAGAAUGUGAAUCUUCUCUUUGCACAUCUGCGUUGAGAGCCAGGAAUCUAGAGCUGUCUCAGGACAUGAGAAAAAUGACAGCUGUGUUUGAGAAGCUGCAGACUUACGUCGGUCUUCUCGCUUUGCCAAGUACAGAGCCAGAUGGACUCCUUCGGACGAACUAUAGUUCUGUCUUAACAAAUGUUGGUGCUGCUCUGCAUGGAUUUCAUGAUGUCAUGAAAGAUAUUUCUAAACAUUACAAUCAGAAAGCUACAAUAGAGCAUGAACUUCCAACAGCAACACAGAAGCUCAUUACAACUAAUGACUGUAUCCUGUCCUCAGUAGUAGCAUUAACAAAUGGAGCAGGAAAGAUUGCAUCUUUCUUCAACAACAAUGUGGACUACUUCAUUGCUUCUCUGAGCUACGGGCCUAAGGCAGCGAGUGGCUUCAUUAGUCCUCUUUCAGCUGAGUGCAUGCUGCAAUACAAGAAAAAAGCUGCCGCCUAUAUGAAGGCUCUGAGAAAGCCCCUCUUGGAGUCUGUGCCUUACGAAGAAGCUCUGGCAAACCGCCGGGUCCUUCUCAGCUCUACUGAAAGUCGAGAAGGCCUUGCACAACAGGUUCAGCAGAGUCUGGAAAAGAUUUCUAAACUGGAGCAGGAAAAAGAGCAUUGGAUGUUGGAAGCACAGUUAGCCAAAAUCAAGCUGGAGAAAGAAAACCAGCGAAUUGCAGAUAAGCUGAAGAGUACAAGCAUCGGGCAGGGGGUUGGGCCAGCCCAGGAAAAUCCCACUGGGGUGAAUGCAGGGGGCCAGGAAGAAGCCUCAACCAAGGCUGUGCUGGAGCCUAUUCACAGCACCAGUCUGAUUGGGAUUUUAACCAGGACAUCUGACAAUGAGGUUCCAGAUGUGGAGUCGCGUGAAGACUUAAUUAAAAAUCACUACAUGGCAAGGAUAGUGGAGCUGACAUCUCAACUGCAGCUGGCCGACAGCAAGUCAGUGCAUUUUUACGCCGAGCCAAAUAACUCAUUUUCUUAGGAGAAUUAGAAAAACCCUAUGCAAGAUACUCAAUAACAUCCUACACCAGUUCAUUAAUUAGAAGGGAGACAAUGAAGCAAGAAAGUGCAGCGAUAGAAUGGAUGUCGCUCAACCUAUAAGAAUACCUGUAAGGUCUCUCACUUAAAACUUUACAUUAAAGGUCAGUUUUAGAUGUCAGACAGAGAAUUAUAAUGCUUUAAGUGUUAAAGAAAUUGAGGGGCGCCCGGGUGGUUCAGUUGGGUAAGCGUCCGACCAUUGCUCUCAGCUCAGGUCUGGAUCUCAGGGUCUUCAAGCCCCACAUUGGGUUCCACUCUGGGUGUGAAGCCUACUUAAAAAAAUAAAUAAAUUGUUAAAGAAAUUGGGAAAGAAAAGACAACACCCAGUACUGGGACCUGACUUUGUGAUUUUCUACUGUACUACGGAGACAGAGGGGUUGAUAGGAAGCCAGUUGCUAGAUGUGGAGAGGGACUUUGCUUCUUUUUUUCUUGCUGAAAGAAAUGAUGUGCCUAGGUCCAUGCUGUUCACAAACCACCAUUCCACACCUCUUUGAUCAGUUAAUAAGAGUGACUGCUUGUUGGGCUGUAGAAAAUGGGGAGCACAGCGAACUGGCUGACCUACGCUGGUGCUGCUGUGGUGCCGAGCUUCUGAGGCCAUGCAACCAUGUCCUUGUUUGGAUCCCUAACUGCCUUUGGAGUUAGUGUCCCAGACUGGAUUGUCGUCUUUGUGAGGACCCGUGACUUGCAAAUCUCUCCCUCUUUUUCAGGUUUGGUGCCGAGCACAUAGUAGAUGUUUGGUUAAUAAAUGGUGGUUGAUUUGGUGGAAUUCUCUUGUGAGGAAUGAAAUGAGUAGCUGGGGAGUGUUGGCUGUUUCAUUUCCAAGAGAUUUGCUUAUCUUGGGAAAUGUUUUCAGCACAAUGUGAUAACAACAAUUUUUACAUUGUCCUAGUUUUUCCUCGUCUGUAAACAGGAAGUGGUGAGCCCUCCGUAUGACUUUACUGGAAUGGUUAGUCUGAGUGAUGUUGACACAGAUUCAGAUGUGUCUCAACAGAUCCUCCUUGUCAGUCUCUCGGCCUUAUCAGAAAGUUUAGUGAUCCUUUGAUGGCACACUGUCUUUAAACAAUAGUGAGAAACAGAAUUUUUCUUUUUUCUUCUUGAUGAGCUCUGUCUCUGGAUAGCCCAGCUUUGGUAGAACCCCAGAGAAAGCAGCUGGGAUCUUCAGAUUCCUACACUGACUUCAUAUUCCCUGUAGAUUGAGCCCAAUCUGUAGCCUGGGACUGUAAAGCUUUUAUUGUUCCUGUAAUGUGGUCUCUAUAACAGAGGACUUAAAACACGAGAAAAUUGCCUUAGGAUUCAUAUUGCAAAGUCAGAUGCCAUUGAUAACUUUUUUUAAAACAUAUUUAUUUAUUUAUUUAUUUUUAAUUUUAUUUUUAAUUUUUUAAAAUUUACACCCAAAUUAGUUAGCAUAUAAUGCAACAAUGAUUUCAGGAGUAGAUUCCUUAGUGCCCCUUACCCAUUUAGCCCAUCCCCCCUCCCACAACCCCUUCAGUAACCCUCAGUUUGUUCUCCAUAUUUAUGAGUCUCUUCUGUUUUGUCCCCCUCCCUGUUUUUAUAUUAUUUUUGUUUCCCUUCCCUUAUGUUGAUCUCUUUUGUCUCUUAAAGUCCUCAUAUGAGUGAAGUCAUAUGAUUUUUAUCUUUCUCUGACUGACUAAUCAUUGAUAACUUUUGAAAUAACCACUUUUGUUCUCAUCCAGUUUGAGUAUAAAUGAAUCCUGGGUAAAUGUAAAAAACUUCUUAAGGGGCGCCUGGCUGGCUCAGUUACUAGAGCAUGGGACUCUUGAUCUUGGGGUUGUGAGUUCAAGCCCCAUAUUGGGUAUAGAGAUUACUUAAAAAUAAAUUUUUAGGGGUACCUGGGUGACUCAGUUGGUUAAGUGUCUGACUCUUGAUUUCAGCUCAGGUCAUGAUCUCAUGGGUGAUGAGAUCAAGCACCCCUACUCCCCUCCUGUCUGGCUCUGUGCUGACAGCAUGGAGCCUGCUUGGGAUUUUCUCUCUCCUUCUCUGUGUGCCCCUCCCCUGCUCAUAUGCAUGCAUGCACCCUCUCUCUCUCUUCCCCUAAAUAAAUAAAUAAACAUUUAAAAAUAAAUAAAUUCUUAAACAACAAAAAACCCCCAACUUCUUAAGUUUUUGUAACCACUGGUUGUCAGGCUAGAGCUAGGAAAACCUUGGUGAGCUUGGGUUAGUAGAUGUUUUUGCUUAUUAAAGUGGUGAGAGGGACCACAUCUUUCUGUGUCCUUCAGUGUGUGGUACAGGCCUAAAGUGAAUUUGGUUUGGGGGAAAUGCCCCCUGAGAUAAUGGGAUGUUUUCUAAUUUAACAGUGCCGAGCACUCUCUAAGAGACUGGCCUUGGCCGAAAAGUCUAAAGAGGCACUGACGGAAGAGAUGAAA